UGCUUGAAAGUUUAAAAGAUUUGAAUUUCGUAUAUAAGCUUUUGGCAUAGAUGGAACGCGAUAAUGCACCAGUUGAAUUUAGCUACUACGAGGCCAGUUGCAGUUAGCAUAGUACCCUUUCCAUUCUCCUCAAGAAUAAGAAAGUGUUUUUAUUUUUUGAUUCGCAGCGAGUUACUACUAUUCAUACCACAACAACGAAAAAUGUAGCAACCAUUGCUAUUUGUUUGUUAUUUUCUCACAUGAAGCGCACACCUAAUUUUUCGUCUUACAUUUUGUUUCGAAUAGUGAGUUGAGUGAGUUCCAGUAAUAUAAAAUGGAGAAUUCAAUUGACCUGCAUGAAUCGAACGAUACCGAAAUAUCUGGGGGACCAUCUUUGUUGCUGUUAAACAACGAUUGUUUGAUUCGAAUAUUCAAAUGUGUCGAACUGCUGGACCUCGUGAAUUUAUCAAGAACAUGUGUUCGAUUCAAGAACAUUGCUGCCGAUACAUUCAAUCCUCGGUUCAAGAUGGUUACAAUAAACGACAUUUGCAAUUCCCCGGAGCCGUAUCCCCCCUUGAAGGUAACGGAACAGCAAUUUUCCAGAAUUCUUUCGCUGAUCGGAUGGCGUGUGCAAUCUGUUGAAAUCUAUGAAGGAUGCAAUUACAUUUUUCGCAAAGUAACAAGCAAAUGCAAGAAUGUGACGAGCUUAUCGUUGCGUUUCAUAGACCAUCCGGUAUUGUCCCUUGGAACGUGUCCACAUUUACAAGAGUUUAACAAGUUGAAGGAAUUGAGAAUCAUCGAAUGUGAAAUAGCUAAGGAUGUUCUACGCCAAAUCUUCUUGCACAAUCCCGAUAUUGAAACUAUAGAAUGUGAUUGGGCGUACAAGGGAUUCGUGAAGCUGUUGAAACUUUUACCGAAACUUAAGCAGCUGCAUCUUGACUCCAUACAAGGACUGGGAGUCAAUCACUCUCCGAAUUUAUUUCAUCUGAAGGAAGUGAACGAUUUCACGUUCUAUUGCAGUGAAAAUUGCAAUAAAUUCAUUACUCAAUUGGCGACGAAAUGGACCUUAGUGUCACUUAACGUCACAUGCGAUGCUGACGACGAAACAUUCGAGCUGUUGAAAUUGUUUGAAAAUUUGGAAUAUUUAGAAAUUGCCAACAAGACGAGCAAAUGCAUUGUGCCUGAAAGUACGAUUUUUCCAUCAAAAUUGAAACGCAUUGGUUUCUGUUGUAUUGGAUUAACGCUUCGAAAGCUAGCGUCAAUAGUCGACGAAACAAAAAUGCUCGAAGAAAUUAUUUUGAGAUCGCAAUGUCUAAUCGAAUUUUCUGCUGAUCAGGAAGCCGAGAUAUUUUCUGGGAUUGUUGCUGCGUUCAGUCCAUUGGCGCAGAUUCAACAGCGUACUCUCAAAGUACAGUACUGUCCCAAUGACGGUUGGAGUAAUAAUCGACCGAAGAUUAUAAAUCACGUUUGCAAACAUGAAGAUCAACAGUCGUGGGAAGAAUGGGCAUCGAAACGAACUGCGCUGCGCAUCAUUUCGUAAAUCUGAGAAUGAUUGAAUUUUAAUUGAAUUUUUAUUGAAUUUUGACUAACAAUAAAUAGAUUUCAUA